AUGAAUAACUUUGCAAAGUUGUGGAACAAUCGUGGUCAAAACUGCGAGGAAAUCCCAGUGAAAUCCAUCCCUGAACCAGGGAAGGCUCCCGAUCUGGAGGAGAUUCUUUCUAACAUUCUCGGAAAAAUGGAAGAGCUCGCAAAGGACAACACAGAGCUGAAGCGCAGCAACGCUCGACUGAAUGUUGAGAACGUCAACAUCAGAUCUCACCUGAACGUGAUGGAAGAAAGGGUCCAAUAUCUGGAAGCUGUCACUCGACAAAUCACACCUCCGACGUGUGGGAGCCUGGCUGACCUCGGAAUAACGCGGACAGGAACCUACCUUGUGGACCCAGACGGCGUGCUCCGAGGCGAUCCGCCCAUCCAAUAUGACUGCUUGUCCACGGCCCUUAAAGCCGGAGAAACACAAAAUGCCCGAUGGGUGGAUCGUCACGGUGACCCACAGUAUUACUGGGAUGGCGCACACGCUGAGAAGCACAUGUGCAGAUGCGGUCUUACUGACGAAUGCGUUGACCCUACUCUGCCCUGCAACUGCGAUGCGGAAGCCCCGCAAUGGGAAUCAGACUCGGGAGCCAUCACCAACAGAACAGCCCUCCCCAUCACCGAGCUACGGUUCGGAGGGCUUCGUUUGGAUUUCCAGCAGGCGAGACACACUCUGGGAGCUUUGGUAUGCAAAGGCCACAAUCCAUUGGACAGGCCCACACGAUCGUGCUCAUCUCUCCGCCAAGCCGGGCACACUCGAACGGGUUAUUACCUGAUCAACACCAGAGAAGGACGGUUAGAUGUCGCCCUCUGUCAAAUGGAUCUGGAUGAGACCGAUCCGAAGUUCCAGCUGGAGACAGGUGCCCGCAUCGCCGUGGAGAACGUCUAUUUCGAUGCCUAUCUCGUAAAUUACCAGACGAAUUCGGGUAGAAUCCGUUUCGAUGGGACCGAGGUCAACAUCGGCGACGCAAUGUCACCGAGCACAGGCAUUUUUACCGCUCCAACUCCUGGUAUUUAUGCGUUUCAUUUGCACUACUUCUCCGACAUCGAGACUCAGGUGAACCUGAGACAAAACGGAAUCGUCAAGGGACAAGCGUACGCCGAUGACGUCUACGGCUACGAUGACGGCCAGACGCCAGGCCAAUCCAUCCUCCUAACCCUAGACGCUGGCGACCAAGUCGACGCCUACUUGGACUUCGGAUCAGCGGGUUCGACUUCAGAUAGGAACGUUCAUUUCGUCGGGUAUUUGCUGUAUCCAUUGUAGAGCGAAGAAUGAAAUUUUGCUGAAGCCAUGGUUGCUAUCACUCGCGCUGACUCAUUUCCUUCAACUUCUUUUGGCAGGAACUGUGGGGAAGAGAAAUUCGAGAAAUUAAUAAAC